AUGGCGUCCAACCAGCUCAUCCUCUUCGCCACCGUCCUGCUCUCUGUCCUGGCCGCAACCUCUGCCAGUGUCGGGAACCAGUGCGUUCCUGGGUUGGCGAUUCCGCACAACCCGCUUGGAAAUUGUCGCACCUACGUGGUUAGUGAAAUCUGCCAUAUAGGUCCUCGACUCCUUCCCAAUGAUAUGAAGCAGCGGUGCUGCUGGGAGCUGUCGGCCAUCCCGGCGUACUGCCGGUGUGAGGCGCUGCGAAUUCUCAUGGACGGAGUGGUGACGGCAGAGGGCGUGUUCGAGGGCCACCCCUUCCAGGACAUGCACUUGCCCCAGCGGGAGUGUUCCAGGCAGAGGCAGAGGAACUUCGCUGCCACCCUCGUUGUCCCGCAGGAGUGCAGCCUAACGACCAUCCAUGGCGGCCCGUUUUGCCUCAAUCUCCCUGGUCCGCAGUAA